UGUUUCUUUCGAUUUUAACGGAUUUAUAUAAAAACUAAACGCGCAUGUGCAGACAUUUUCUUUUGUUCGAAUGAUUUUGGCAUUGUUACUUAUGUUUACAUUUUCGUUCUUAUGUUAAAAAGUACUGCCACAUAACACUGUUAAUGCUCUGAAUGUAUGAAUACGAAUUAAUAUUUUUACUAAAUUUUUAUAAUGGAUAACUUAACUAGAGAAAGUGUGAAAGAAAUUUUUGGUACAGAAUUUCAAAAAUUCUGUGAAGAGUGUAAAAUAGUACUUACAAAAAAUAAAUGUGAUGCUUUUAUGGUAUCUAAUCCUGUUGCUUUAAAACAAUGUUUAGAAUUUCUUGAUAAAGAGGAGGAACAAUUAGAUUAUCAGUUGAUAAAGAUCCAGAAUUUGUGUCCAAAUGAUUUAAAUUAUGGAGAUCAUAAACAAAAGUUAUGUAAACAGUACAUAUUUGCACCAAAAAGAGAGCAAAAAUCUUGCAAAGAAACUACAUACCCACCUUCUAAUUUAAUACUUGCAAAUUUAUCAUUGGAAAUUUAUUUACGUAAUACAUCUGCAAUCUUACCCAUUCGCACAUUUCAUCAGAUGACAAUAAAAUGUAUUUUAGAUACAGCUAAAACUGGAGUAGAAAUAUACAAAGAUAUUAUAAACACUCCUGUAAACGAUAUUGUUAUUACUGAUUAUGAAGCUUCUAUUCCUUCAAUUUCUUUACUUUUGGAAAAAUUUCAAAAGCAUCAUAAAAUGUUUCAUUAUUCUAGUAUAUUAAAGCAUUUAAUUUCUAAACAAGAAGUUAAUCAGAAAUCACAGUGUAAAUAUGCAAUAAACACAAAACAGAUGAAGCUAUUUUUCAACCUUGUAUUUACUAAAGUAAUUCCUCUGAAUAUAUUUGGAAAGUUAAGAAAUUUGAAAAAAAUUAAGAAAGCUCUGUUUCAUUUACUAAAGAUACCAUGCUUCAAAGCUUUAGAUUUGAAGUUAUAUAUUAAUAAAUUAGAUAUUUCUAGCAUUAAUUGGUUACAAAGCAUUAAAAAGCCAAAUAUAGCAUGGGUUCUUCUUGCGAAAUUUGUGAAGUGGCUUUUCACUGGAUUUCUUUUAAAAGUAUUGCAUACUUAUUUUCAUGUAACAACAGUGUCUUCCUACAAUAAUGAAAGAAUAUACAUAGUACGUUCAGAAUGGUUUAAAAUUAAUAAACGAUUUAUUCAACGAAAGAUUCGUUCAAAUGCUUUACAAUUAGAUCUUAGAUGUAGUCAUUGGAAGCCACCAUUAACUGUAUAUAAAUUAUACCCUAAAUAUUCUACUGUACGACCUUUAUUUGUAUUGCGGUAUAAAAAUGAUAAUGAAAGAACAAAUUUUUUCAUUCUACACCUAUUUCUAAAACAGUUACACAUCACAGAAUAUGGAUUAAGUAGUUUUGAGGACAAAUGGAAGUCCAUUGUUCAACACAAACACACUUUAAAGGAUAAAAAGUUGUAUUUUGUAUUAUGUGAUGUGAUGGAUGCUUUUGGUUCUAUAAUACAAGGAAAAUUAUUUGAUAUUAUACGAUCUUUUUGUGAGAAACUUCCUGAGAAUUUAAUACUGAGAAAUUACGCCGUAAAAAGUAAAAUAUCAAAAGAUGAUAUUCUAUGUUAUAAACAAUAUUUCUGUGACUCACAUUUGCAAUUAUCAGUGCCACCCGGUACAUUGUAUGCGCGUACAGAUCAUAUUCAACAAAUAAAAAAAAGUUGGUUGUUAGAAAAAAUUCGAAAAUACAUCUUUCAUCAGACGGUACAAAUAGGUAAAAAAUAUUAUAUUGUAACAAAAGGAAUCGUUCAAGGUGGAAUAAUAUCACCUAUUUUAUCAGAUAUAUAUUUUGAUUUUGUAAUACAAAAGGAAAUGGCAGUAUUUCUACGAACUGGUCAAAUUAUCAAAUUUGUGGAUGAUAUGUUAUUUGUAACUGAAGAUGAGGAUUCUGCAAAACAAUUGUUACAGUUAACAGCAAAAGGAAUCCCAAAAUAUAAUUGUCGAUUUAAAACAGCGAAAACGCAAACUAAUGUGGCCUGCAAUGAAGGUACAGUUACAAAUAAUAUUAGUUUCAUUGGUUAUAAGAUUAAUUGUACAACUUCAGAAGUACAAUAUAAUAUACCAAACAUAAAUCUACGUUAUUUGAUGUCUUUAAAAAAAAAUUGGAAUCCUUUAAAGAUUCUGCAAUUAAAAUUAUGUAACGUAGUAAAUCUGAAAUUAUCAAACAUUGUCUUAGAUACCAGAAUUAAUUCUGGAACAACAAUUAAAGCAGCAUUAGAGAAUGCAGGUUUAAUGCAAGCAAAUCGUGCUUGCGUUUCAAUAAAUGAAUUAUUCGAUGAUAUUCAAACUAAUGCUGAAAGUAUAUUUAAAAUUAUCAAAAACAGUAAUAAACUAAUUGCAAGAUUUGUGAUAAAAAUUUUUCUAAAAUGUGAAGGAAAAGUGAAGGAAUUACGUAUUCGGAGAUGGAACAAAGAAAUUCUUUCUAUUUUGUGGGCAUCUUAUAAACGCAUUUUUAUAAAAGAUACAGUUUUACGAAAACAUUUUCUUAUGUUCUGUAAAAAGUAAACAGUACUCUAAAUAUUUCUUUUAUUAUUAUAUAUUAUAAUAUUUAGCAUGUAAUUAAAAAAUAUGAGUGAUAAAUAUCGAUUCAAAUUUU